CCCUCUUCCCCUUCCUUUCAUUCUCUCCCUCUCUCUCUCUCUUCCUUACUCUCCCCCUUUUCUCUGAGACCCCUCCGGCUCAGAACAGGGGGCCAUGGACGAGGUCUCCGGCAACGACCUCCAACUUCACCGAGACGAUUCACUUCACGACCUAGACCUCGCAUCCACCAGUUCCGGUUUAUCAUCCAUACUCAGCAGCGAUGAUUUCCGAAGCUCCUCCAGUUCCGGCGACAUCUCCGUCACCAGCACUAGUUCCGGUGAGAUUCCUGCUAUUAUUGUGGCUGAGGUCGCCCUGGAUCCGAGGUCCGUUGAACUUACCACGUCGAUGACCUCCACCACGGUAUUAGAACCGGCCAGACGGAAGUGCGUCGGGAGGAACAAUAGGGCGGGACUGCACUGGGGACUCACUUCGGUUAUCGGACGGCGGAAGGAGAUGGAGGACGCUAUAGCUGUUAAGCCUGGAUUCAUGUCUUCAAGAUGCGAUCACGUCGGAGGUUGUACGGCUCCAGGUUCCAGAACCUCCGGGGAGAUCUCGCCCGUUCAUUUCUUCGCCGUUUACGAUGGUCACGGCGGCUCUCAGGUGGCCAAAUUCUGUGCGGAGCGGAUGCAUGAAGUGAUAGCGGAAGAGUGGGGAAGAGAAGGAAUCAAAGGCCAUGAAUGGCAGAAAAAGUGGGAAGUUGCCCUAUCUAAUGGCUUCCAGAGGACUGAUGAUGAGGUCGUGUCAGAGGCGGUGGCAACCGACAUGGUUGGAUCCACUGCGGUUGUAGUCGUUCUAUCUGGCUGCCAGAUUAUUGCAUCCAAUUGUGGCGACUCUCGGGCGGUUCUGUUCCAGAAAAAUAAGGCGAUUCCAUUGACAGUCGAUCAAAAGCCUGAUAGACAGGACGAACUCCUGAGAAUUGAAAGAGAGGGAGGCAAAGUCAUCAACUGGAUGGGGGCUAGAGUGCUUGGAGUUCUUGCUAUGUCAAGAGCCAUAGGGGAUCGGUAUCUUCGGCCAUGGAUAAUUCCAGUGCCGGAAAUUAGUUUCACAACGAGGAGCGACGAGGAUGAAUGUUUGGUUCUGGCAAGCGAUGGGCUUUGGGAUGUAAUGACGAAUGAAGAGGUUGGGCAGGUGGCUUGCCAUCUUCUUAGGAGGCUCCGCAGGUCGUCGACACCUGAUGACACACCCCCGGCACAGAUUGUGGCUAAUAAUCUCACUGAAAUGGCCUAUGGAAGAAACAGUUCCGAUAACAUUUCUGUUAUUGUCAUCGAUCUGAAAGCAAGGAAAGCAAACCCACAGAGGUAAUGACAGAAAAUGCAGGAGAUUCUCAUUGUUCUUCCAAAAUCGUGAUAUCUGGAAGCCAAGGUUCUAAUAGCUCCACCCUGUUUUCUUCCAUAACUAAUAGAUAACAUACCAUAUUAGUUUUGGUCACUGUUCUCACCACUCUGCAUCAAAAAACGUGUACAGAGCCCACUAACAAAAUUGAAAAAUCUGCUUUGCUUGGUCAUGGAGAGAAAUUGUUCUCUCUCUAAAAUUUCCUAUCAAUUUGAAUUGAUUUUUCUGUUCUUUUA